AUGGAGAACGCAAAAAUUUCCGGUUCCAUUCCGUUGUCCAUCCGGAAACUGGUUGUUCGUGAUGUCAAUAAUGGCCAAAUGCACCGGGAAGUGGCCAAACACUACGAAAUCAGCAAGACAGCGGCAUCAAAAAUCAUGAAGAAUAUGAAAACGUUCGGAUCGGUGGUGGAUCGCCCGGGAAGAGGACGGAAGACCAAGACAGAUGCCAGAACGGACAAGAAAAUCAUUCGUGAGAUGAAGAAAAACCCAAAAAUUACGAUCCGACAGAUACAGGAAGAGCUCCAACUUUCGGCAUCGCGUCGUACUGUCUGUCGCCGCAUCCAAGCGAAGGAGUACCAUAGCAAGCUCGCAGUGAGAAGGCCUUUCAUCAGCCAGGUGAAUAAGGCUAAGCGGCUCAAGUUCGCCAAGGAACACGCCGAUAAACCGCUCGAAUAG